AUGUCCAACAUCUUUGCUUCUGCCAUCGCUACCGACGAGCCCAUCGAUCUCUUUGAACGCAAGGACGGAGAGACCGGUGUACCCAACGGCGUUUCCAAGGACCUGCCACUCCAGACAAACUCGUUCUACUCCAACUUGCUUGUGGAGAAUCAGGACUGUGCCGUCUGGACCCACCCCUACAGCGUCUGGAACAACAAGAAGGAUAAGCGCUUUGGUCUUGGAUUGUACCUUGCCAGAACCUCCGACAGGGUGUUUGGCGAAGGCGAUCCUGCCGAGUACUUUACCCAUCCUGUUGGCGAACAAAAGCUCGUGCUUUCCUCUUCUGACUUUAAGGAGGAGCCUGAGUUCUCGUUGAGAGACUUGUCCAAAUUUGCAGCCACUGCUCGGUUUUCGUCCAAGUCAGAGAAGGACUGUCACCUCGACUGUCCUUUGGUCCAGGGCAUGGGAUUUGUUACUGGCGUCUACAGCAACUGUAUUCCAAAAAUUAGCUCGAGUGUCGGCUUCAAGUCCAUCGAUGGUGACAAGAGUCCUCGUCUGGGUACCCAGAAGUACAAGAUUGAACUCGAGGAUGGCACCCAGUGGUUCUUGUACGUCACCCUCUCCAACGAGGACUCUGUAAAGUUGGCUUUGAAGGGCAAGAACGACAUUAUUGCCGAAAAGUCCGUUGACGGUGUGUUCCAGCUCUGCUUUGCUUCGGAUGUUGAUUCUAAGCACUACGACUCAGCAGCAGGCUGUUACGCCAAAAACGCCAGUAUCGAGGCUUCCGCUGACGGCUACAAGUGUUCUUACUCUUUGAAGCUCGACACCGAGGGCAAGCUGAACAGCAACUCUGCUCUUUUCUUUGCCUUGCCUCACCAUGUUGCAGCUUUUGACUCAGACACAAAGAACAAGGCCACAUCGCUCAAAUUGCCCACCACCACCAAGGGCGAGGCCGUUGGCGUUCUUCUGAACAAAAUCACCAUGGAGGAGAAAUUGACCAUGAAGGAUGUGGCGUGGGAUCCAGCCACCACUAUUGAAGGUAAGAAGGCCAAUUUCUCUGAUAAUGCUCUCAAGGCUAUCAAGGCUGCAGCACAGGAGGAAGCCGACAAGGACGUCAGUACCGAGCUGGACGGCGAUUCUAUGUAUUUUAGCGGCAAGAUCCUCGCCAAGUACGCCAUUGUGCUUUCGGUGUGUCACAAUGUGUUAAAGGAUGAUGGGCUCACCGACAAGUUGUUGCAGAAGAUGAAGGACGCCUUGGACCGCUUCAAGUCCAACAAGCAGAAGUAUCCUCUUUUCUACGAUACCGCUUUCAAGGGUAUUGUGUCGCUGGCGACGGAAAACGAGGACUUUGGCAAUGGCCAUUACAACGAUCACCAUUUCCAUUGGGGCUACCACAUUCAAGCUGCCGCCAUUACUGCGUGGAUUGACGAGGUGAAGCCCUGGGUGACGUCGUUGGUGAGGGACAUUGCCAAUCCUUCUUCUGACGAUAAGCACUUCCCUGUGUUCCGUGCUUUUGACUUUUACAAUGGUCACAGCUGGGCCAAGGGUCUUUAUGCUUCUGCAGACGGCAAGGACGAAGAGAGCUCGUCUGAAGACUACAACCACGCCUAUGCGCUCAAGCUCUGGGGUAAAGUGGUGAAGGAUGAGAACAUCGAGAGAAGAGCAGACCUCAUGUUGGCGAUCAUGAGCAGAUCCAUGAACAGCUACUUUUUGAUGGCAGACGACAACAAGGUGCAGCCUCUGAAGUUUAUUGGCAACAAGGUCACUGGUAUCCUUUUCGAGAACAAGGCCCACCACACCACCUACUUUGGCACCAACGAGGAGUACAUUCAGGGUAUCCACAUGAUCCCCAUCAGUCCUGUUUCGUCGUUCAUCAGAAAGCCCGGGUUUGUCAAGCAGGAGUGGGAGCAGAAGCUCAAGAACCUUGUGGGUAACUUGGACGACGGCUGGAAAGGCAUUUUGAUGUUGAAUGCUGCCUUGUUUGAUCCAGAUACGGCCUGGAAGUUUUUCAGCUCGUCUGACUUCAACAAGAAGCAUUUGGACGACGGUCAGUCCAAGACAUGGUCGUUGGCCUACUGUGCCGGAGACGAUGCUGAUAUCUACGAUCGGCUUGUGAUCCGGCAGAAGCAGAAGACCAAGAGGCCGAAGAAGCAGGAGGAUCCUUAUGACGAUACUGAGAGGGUUCAGCUUCAUGAGAGACUAGAGAGGGUUCAGAACAAGGGGAGGGAGAAGAAGGAAAGGAAGAAGGUGGAGCCCAUUGACGAUGCCGAAGAUCGUCCAGCAUUGGUUGAAUCCGCAGAAUUGGCCAAUGAAAGGCUGGUGUACUCAAUUCCCAAUGUGAAAAGCAGGUGCCGUGAGAUGCUAGACAAAUACGAGGAUUUGGAGCUACACCUUUUGUUUGCGGAUAAGCUGGUGAAUGACGAGUUCAGGCGGUACCUAGGGCUAGUGGCUUCGGAUUCACACGAAGAUCCUGGCCUUUCCAAGAUUCGAGAAGCCCUCUUCGUGAAGGUACUCAAGGACAGUAUAGCCAAGCAAGAUGCGAAAAAGAGCAUGAAAGAGAGGUUUGUGGAGAGGUACAGCAGCCGGGAGGAGGCAAUUGAGGAGAAGCGAGAUCCAAGGAGUAUUCGGAGGACGGCCAAAAAGUUCAAAGUGCCUCCCAGCCUAAAACAGCUUCUUGAGGGUAAGCCCGGUUAA